CGGUACUACGUCUGUAGCCUAUGUCCUGAUGUUUGUAUGUUGAUGUCUGAAUGUUAUAAUAGCAAAAUAUUGCAUUAAGUUAAUUACAGAUUUAGAUGGCGCAGUAGAUCUAUAUUUGAAGGGGAGAUGAUUAUAUCCAAUAGCAAUGGAGGGAGAUCUAACAGCAAUCUUCCAAAUUUUUUCAAUGUUGCAAGAUGUGUCGUCAACACUAAGAUCUCAAAACUUAUUAUGUUCAUUUUGGCGGCAAUGGCAAUUGGACAUUUAACGAUGCAUUAUUUCAUAUCGGUACCACCAGAAAAUAAUAAACAACGAGACGCUCUUGAUAUUGCAGAAUCCAACUUAAAAAAUAUUAAACAUAUCGAGGAAUUGCAAAGGAUAAAGCGGUCGGUUUCAUCUGAACUCCGGGACUUAGAAAGUCAAAGAAACAAAUUACAGGAUGAAAUUACUGGAUUUCAAAGUCAAUCAACUUUAGCAGAGAAAGAAUCUAAGCGUGCACAGUCUGAUUUAGAAUCUUUGAAACGACAAAUACUGCAGACCAAAAAUGAAAGAUUGGAGAUUCUUUAUCAAAAUCCGAAGAUGGCGGCUCCAGUACGAUUAUUACCAAAAGAGGAAGACAAUAUUGACAUUGAUCCUCCAACACGAUCAGAUUGGUGUGGAAUGCAUAACUGUUUCGAUUACUCUCGUUGCUCUCUGACAUCACAGUUUCCCGUUUACGUUUAUCCACCAAAUAACAACGGUGAAGAUGCAGUGUGGCAGAAAACAGCUUAUAUAUUAGAUACCUCAUUGAAUGCUUUUCUCGGAAAUUCUUAUGCUACAUCAGAUCCUGCUAUUGCAUGUUUGUAUGUUGUCAUCAUAGGAGAAGUUGAACAAGAUUCUUUGAAAGGAAAUCAAGAACCUGCAAAUAUUCAGAGGUGGUUGUAUUCUCUUCCUUAUUGGAAAGGUGAUGGAAGAAAUCAUAUUCUUGUUCAUAUGUCAAGACAAUCAACCAAUCAGAAUCUUCUGCUUGGAGUUAAUACUGGCAGGGCAAUGAUUGCACAAUCAUCAUUUCAAAAAACCCAGUUCAGAGAUGGAUUUGAUGUUAUUUUACCAUCACUUAUUUCUACGUCAGAUAAGAUGAAUUUUGUAAAAAAGUUCUCUGAUAUCAGUGAAUUAGAAGACAAUAAUCCAUCUAAUGCUAUCAUGCAGGUACCAGUGAUGCGAAAAUAUUUUUUAAGUUUUGUUGGUCAAUGGUCGCCUAAAGAAGAUCAGGAAUUAGAAAUUGGGAAGGAACAAGAGGAUUCUUUGAAUUUGGAACCUGUCGAUGAAAAAUUUCAUGCAACAUUGACAGAGCAUCUGGAAGAGAUGUCGAGUGAUGAAAAACAUGGGAAAAUAUUAUUUGAAUCCUCUUGUCUGAAUGGAAGAUUGGUUACCUCAGGUUUCAAGUCUGAAUGGGCAUUGUGUGGAACAACGGAGUCUCGUACACAAGUUCUCUCCCAAUCAACAUUCUCUCUCAUUGUCGCACCAGAAAAUUACAACAUAAUAAGCACUGCUUUAUUAGCCACAAGACUUGCAGAAUCACUCCAUUCCGGUGCCGUUCCGAUUAUACUUGGAAAUCAAGCGAAACUCCCUUUUCAUGAACAUAUAGAUUGGAAGAAAGCCUCUAUUAUGUGGCCUAAGGCAAGAAUAACUGAACUUGGAUUCUUGUUGUCAAGCUAUCCACAUUCUGAUAUAUUAGCCAUGAGAAGACAAGGACAGUUUAUUUAUGAUACUUACUUUUCAUCCGCUAAGUCUGUGUUAGAUUCCAUGUUGGCUACUGUUCGUACAAGACUAAAUAUUCCACCAUUGUCUAUACAAGAUGAACAGAGUAACGUAGUUGAGCAUAAAAGUUAUGCUUUCGAAAAAGAAGAAGCACCCGGAGAUGCUACAUCUGAGUUUGCGAUGCCUCCACCAGAAGGAAAAGUAGAUUCUGCCAAAUUUAUCAGGAAUUUUACUUCAGUUACAAUUGAUGCAGAUGAUUUGUGGAACAAAUCUCCUGGUCCUUUCCAUCUUUACCCAUCAACUCCUUUUGAUAGAAUCCUGUCUUCAGAUGCAAAAUUUCUUGGUUCUUCAACUGGGUUCAGACCAAUAGGUGAAGGUCAAGGGGGAGUGGGUGAAGUAUUUCAACAAUCGAUAGGGGGAAAUGUACCCAGGGAACAAUUCACUAUUGUUAUGUUGACAUAUAAAAGAGAAGAAGUUAUGUUACAAUCUGUGCAAAGAUUAAAAGGUCUUCCAUAUCUGAAUAAGGUAAUCGUUGUUUGGAAUUCACCUGAUGCACCGACCGAUGAUAUGCAAUGGCCUGAUAUUGGAGUUGAUGUUGUUGUUAUCAGACCUAAACAAAAUAGCUUGAACAAUCGAUUUCUUCCGUUUAGUGAAAUAGACACUGAUGCUGUGCUAUCUAUUGACGAUGAUGCACAUUUACGCCAUGAUGAGAUUUUGUUUGGAUUCAGAUCAUGGAGAGAAUGCAGGGAACGAAUCGUAGGUUUUCCUGGCAGAUAUCAUGCUUGGGAUAUUUCUGAGAAUAAAUGGAAAUAUAAUGCUGAUUAUUGCUGUGAAUUAUCCAUGGUGUUAACUGGUGCAGCUUUUUUUCAUAAGUACUACAUGUAUAUGUAUUCAUAUUGGAUGCCACAAGAAAUCAGAGACAAAGUUGAUGAGUUGAUGAACUGUGAAGAUAUUGCUAUGAAUUUUCUUGUGUCGCAUUUAACAAGGUUACCUCCGAUAAAGGUUACAUCAAGGUGGACUUUUCGAUGCCCAGGCUGUCCUGAGGCACUCUCCACUUCACAAUCACAUUUUGAUGAACGUCAUAUUUGUAUAAACUAUUUUGUAAAAGUAUUUGGCUACAUGCCGUUACUAGGAACACAGUUUCGAGUUGAUUCUAUAUUAUUUAAAACGAGAUUACCUCGGGAGAAACAAAAAUGCUUUAGGUUUAUAUGAUGUAUACAUCAAAUCUCUAUUAUUAUCGAUUGAAAUACUCAAGUCAUCUCUGCUGAUAGUUGCUUCUACGUUGGAGUGGUGCGUAGAACAACUCAAGUGUGGAAUCUGCUAGCCUGUAGUUGCAUCCUCGGCAAAGCAUUAGAUCAUCCAAGGUUCGAAACUAAAUAUUAUCAAACGCAUGGAAAUAAAUAAUCCGAUUAUCGUUUACAGAAAUAUUUAUAUCACUGCUCAAAAAUUUCAAUUUCACAUGUAUGGAACGUGCUUGGCCCAUCUGUUUGGGUUAUACACAUGAAUAUAAUGAUUUCUAUUUUUUUUAUAAACAAUCCACUUUACCUUUUUGAAUUCGAGCUUCUUGUUCAGACGAGAAAUUUGUGAUUACCUAUAUGUUCUGCAUGGUCAUUAUGAUACCAAUUGGUCUUUCUGUAGCAAUUUUAUAAAACAUUGAUGAAUAGUACAUAUAUGAUUCACUUUUUAUAUAGCAUCUACAUAUAUGCUUUUGCAAUUUUUUUUUGUUAUUUUGAUGUUUUUCAUUCAAAUAGUGCUUCCAUUCCGUUCAAAAUUAUCUUGAAAAAAAAAAAAA